AUGGACUAUUUUUAAGAUUAGAGAGAAAGUGGUAAUUUAGUUUUUUGUGUUUUAAUAGGUAUAGAGAAUAUUAAUUACAUUUUCAGACCUAGACUUAAUGUAUUUUAUGUAGAAAAGGGUUAAAACAAACUCUUAGGAUAUGUAGAAGUUCCAUAUACUUUUAUUACUAAGAGUUGUUAUAUUUUUGAUGGAAAUAAUAAUUUUAAAUAUAAAAUUACAAAAAGGUUGCUGGGGUAAUCAAAAACGUAUAGCCCAUUUCCUAAGAGUAAUAGAUAUGAUUUAGAUUAUUUUGAUAUCAAAGACUCAUAGGAUCAAGUAAAUAUUUAAGAAUAUCAAUUUAGGUGAUUUCUUAGAUGAGAAAAUAACCAAAAAGUGAAUAUUAUUUCGAUUAAUAGGCAAAUUUUACUAUUGUAUUCCCUGAAAUUUCAUCAGCUGAGGGAAAAGUAUUAAUAUUAGCUGCCGCAUUAAUGUUUGAAUGCAUGUAUCAAUAUUAUAUAUAAGAAUAAGAUAAGCUUGGACAAUUAUUGUAUCGGGAAUUUAAUUAAGGUUAUAAAUUGUACUUGGAUGAGUCAUAGAUUAAUGAUGUUACAAAUACUUUUGAGGAAUAUAUUAAGGUGAAUGUGGAUAAUCAAAUAAUGGAUGUAAAAGAAAUAAAAUAAAAUUUUGAAACUUUAACAAUAUCAAAAUAGAAUGCAAAUAAGAAACAUUAAACAUUAGUUAUAAGAUCUAAUUAUGGAUUGAAGAUUGAAAGUCAAGAUUAAUAUAUAAGUGGUACAGUGUUUGAUUUUUAGGAAUGGAGUUGUAUAGUUGUGAUUAUGAUUACUCCUGAAAUGAAUUAUGAAUAUGUAACUCAUUUUAAUUCAACAAAGAAAUAAUACUAUUCUUUCUAAUUUGAAAUGGGUUAAUCAAAUAAAUAUCUUAUUUUAAACUUAAAUAAAUGUCAUAUAUGUUUUUAUAAUGAAAAUCUAAUCAAAUAUGAAAAAGUGAAAUGUUUAUAAUAUUUAGAAUAUAUAAUUUAAUAAAUACAUUAUACAAAUUAUUCUUCAUAUCAUAGAAUUGAAUUUUAGAAUACAUUAAACAAAUAAUAGUUUAUGGACUAGUUUUUAUUAAAAUCAGAUGUAAUCAAAUGGAUUGCAUAAGAUUUUGAAUAUGAAGACAAUUAAAAUUAUUAAUUAUUUAAGUAAAUAAGAUAUAAAGAGGAUAUCACAUAUAAAGUUCCUGAGAUUUUUAUAGCUUUAGGGACAUUGUCUAAAUUAAAGUAUCUUUAUAUACAUAAUUAAUCUAUUGUUGGUGAAUGUUUAUUUGGACAAAUAGAAUUUGGUGAAUAGAUAUUAUUUAUUGAUAUUUCACCUAGUUAACAUUUUGUACAUAUUUAUGAAUGUGAUUCAGAACCAGUUUUUAAAUUGCAAUCAUCAAUAUGGAGAUAUAGAAAACCUUUCAAUGAUUAUUAGAUUGAAUUAUUAUAUAAGGAUAAAAAAAAGCUUAUAAAUAAGAUAAAGUUGAAAGGUAAGGUUAUUAAAGGAAGAUAUAUAUAUGCAAAGAAAUAUUCAUUAUAUGUAAUAUUUCAUGGUAAAAUGAGAAUAUUGUAAAGUGAAAACUUAAUAAUUAAUAGAUCGAUAGGGGAAUAUUCGUAAAAAGAUGAAAUUGAAUUUGAGAGUGAAGAUGGAUAAUGUAUAAUUAAUUUUAUUGCAAUUUAAUAAGAUUAAGCAUNUAUCAAUAUUAUAUAUAAGAAUAAGAUAAGCUUGGACAAUUAUUGUAUCGGGAAUUUAAUUAAGGUUAUAAAUUGUACUUGGAUGAGUCAUAGAUUAAUGAUGUUACAAAUACUUUUGAGGAAUAUAUUAAGGUGAAUGUGGAUAAUCAAAUAAUGGAUGUAAAAGAAAUAAAAUAAAAUUUUGAAACUUUAACAAUAUCAAAAUAGAAUGCAAAUAAGAAACAUUAAACAUUAGUUAUAAGAUCUAAUUAUGGAUUGAAGAUUGAAAGUCAAGAUUAAUAUAUAAGUGGUACAGUGUUUGAUUUUUAGGAAUGGAGUUGUAUAGUUGUGAUUAUGAUUACUCCUGAAAUGAAUUAUGAAUAUGUAACUCAUUUUAAUUCAACAAAGAAAUAAUACUAUUCUUUCUAAUUUGAAAUGGGUUAAUCAAAUAAAUAUCUUAUUUUAAACUUAAAUAAAUGUCAUAUAUGUUUUUAUAAUGAAAAUCUAAUCAAAUAUGAAAAAGUGAAAUGUUUAUAAUAUUUAGAAUAUAUAAUUUAAUAAAUACAUUAUACAAAUUAUUCUUCAUAUCAUAGAAUUGAAUUUUAGAAUACAUUAAACAAAUAAUAGUUUAUGGACUAGUUUUUAUUAAAAUCAGAUGUAAUCAAAUGGAUUGCAUAAGAUUUUGAAUAUGAAGACAAUUAAAAUUAUUAAUUAUUUAAGUAAAUAAGAUAUAAAGAGGAUAUCACAUAUAAAGUUCCUGAGAUUUUUAUAGCUUUAGGGACAUUGUCUAAAUUAAAGUAUCUUUAUAUACAUAAUUAAUCUAUUGUUGGUGAAUGUUUAUUUGGACAAAUAGAAUUUGGUGAAUAGAUAUUAUUUAUUGAUAUUUCACCUAGUUAACAUUUUGUACAUAUUUAUGAAUGUGAUUCAGAACCAGUUUUUAAAUUGCAAUCAUCAAUAUGGAGAUAUAGAAAACCUUUCAAUGAUUAUUAGAUUGAAUUAUUAUAUAAGGAUAAAAAAAAGCUUAUAAAUAAGAUAAAGUUGAAAGGUAAGGUUAUUAAAGGAAGAUAUAUAUAUGCAAAGAAAUAUUCAUUAUAUGUAAUAUUUCAUGGUAAAAUGAGAAUAUUGUAAAGUGAAAACUUAAUAAUUAAUAGAUCGAUAGGGGAAUAUUCGUAAAAAGAUGAAAUUGAAUUUGAGAGUGAAGAUGGAUAAUGUAUAAUUAAUUUUAUUGCAAUUUAAUAAGAUUAAGCAUAUAAAUACAAAUUUAAAUUUUUUGAUUGA